AUGAAGACAGUAGAGAGUGGACAUGUCAAUAGACACUAAUGUAAAAGAGACAGCCACGGAGGUGGCGCGGGGAGGUCUGCUAUUAGAGAAUGCCACUGCAAUCAAAUGUCACGCGUGCAUUAGCUCUUAGCAGUAAACACGUUUUUGUUCCGCUUGUUUUGUGUCUAGUUUUAACCUUGAAUCAUAAUUUUGGGCCUAUAUUCAGCUCCCGCGGUUAAUUAGAAAAUGCCUCUUGUACAGAAUCAACAAGCCGGAAUAAUUUUGACAGAAACUCCUAUAGGAUCAUUCAAACAGAGGAAACGGAAGUCCAUCAUGGUCACUAUGAUGUUGCUCAUUGUGUCUGUACUCAUCCUUAUCUUUGGACUGGCAGCCACCACCAGGACACAAAACAUCACAGUCGGUGGCUACUACCCUGGAGUCAUUCUGGGCUUUGGCUCCUUCCUGGGAAUCAUCGGAGCCCAUCUGAUAGAAAACAAGAGGCAGAUGCUGGUGGCGUCCAUUGUGUUCAUCAGUUUUGGAGUGGUGGCUGCCUUCUGCUGUGCCAUUGUGGAUGGGGUGUUUGCAGCCAGACACAUAGACCUUAGACCUUACUAUGCCGGCCGCUGUGAUUUCUACGCCAAUUCAAAAUCCUCUGUGGAUUAUGAAGACGUUCACUGCCAGACAGCAUCCCGUGCAACCUGUAACCUACGUGUGAAAUCUAAUACCUGCUACUGCUGUGACCUCUACAACUGUGGCAAAGAACAUCCUCUUUUGGGACAUGCGAAUAAAGAUGUUUUGAAAAAGUUUAGGAAAACGUCCAUGAUUUGGAACCGUGUGGAGCUGAUGGGGGGCUACCACGAGUACACGGAGGUGGGGAGCUGCGAGGAUGUGGUACACCUUUAUCACCUGCUGUGGUCCGUCACCAUCCUCAACAUCAUCGCUCUUUUCCUGGGCAUCAUCACCGCCGCCGUGCUGGGAGGCUUCAAGGACAUGACGCCCAUGCUGACCCCUGACUCGUGUGAGUCAGAGCCCCUCCCAGCAGUCCCUGUCUCCACAGAGCUUCCAGCUCCCAGCACCUCCUCCUUCAACUGCUACUUCAGCAAUGCCCCCUACCUGCCACCCUAUACUGCCUACGACCUGCAGGGCUCCAGUAUGAUGUUCCCAGACUCUUCUGGCCUGUCUGAUGAGUCCCAGUCGGGGGCCAGCCACAUGUGGUCCUCCCUGGUCCCCCCGUGCUACUCUCCACCUUACUGCCCACCCGACGAGAAGCCCCCGCCAUACAGCCCCUAGGAGAGAGGCUGGAACUGGGAAAGAACAGGGGAGGACAUCCGGUAUCGUCUCCUCUUUUGCCAGCUACAUUGGCAACAAAGGGCAAUGGGUAUUGAUGGGUGUUAGUGGACCUUGAAUAUUAACCUGUUUGAACGCGAGCUGCUACUGCAUCUGGUGCUCCAAACUGUUCCUGAGCAGCCAAGCCUGCCUGAGCUGUGUGGAAUAUAAAGAUACAAGGAGUUAGUGGAAGAAAGAAAGAGCAUGAGUCACUGAUGUGACUAGAAGCCAGUGCUGUGAGGUUUAAUUCAUCCCCCAGUAAGCAUAGCCUGUUAGGAUUCAGCCAAACCUGGAUGGAGCGGGGGGUAAAGCAAGACCUUGCUUGGCCUACACCCCCUUUUCUCAGCAGACUCUCUCAGUUGGUGCCAGUUUGCUCCCUAACUCUUCCCCUUGGCCCUAACUCUUCCAUGUCUGCAUUUCUAAGGGGUCAGGAUAACUAUAAGCAGCGUAGUGGGGAGGAAACAUCCUAUCGUUUACACCUUACAAGUCUGCAAACAUCAAAGGGUUAUUUGAUUUGAUGUCAUUAGGAUCCCCAUUAGCUGACACCAAUGGUGACAUCUAGUCUACCUGGGGUCUGACACACAACGAAAAAAUACAUUACAAACAAAAAUACUAUAAUUUACAUACUGUAACGAGUUUCCUCCUCUUCUUCCGAAGAGGAGAGGCGAAACGGAUCAGAGGACCAAUACGCGGCGUGGUAAUUUUCCAUGGUACUUUUUUAAUGCUUUAAGGUACACAUGAACAAACUAACAAAACAAGAAAUGUGAAAACUCAAAUUACAGUCCUAUCUGGUGCACACACAGAGACAGGAAACAAUCACCCACAAACACACAGUGAAACCCAGGCCACCUAAGUAUGAUUCUCAAUCAGAGACAACUAAUGACACCUGCCUCUGAUUGAGAACCAUACUAGGCCGAAACAUAGAAAUUCCCAAAACCUAGACAAACAAACAUAGACUGCCCACCCAACUCACGCCCUGACCAUACUAACUAAACACAAAACACAGAAAAUAAAGGUCAGAACGUGACAGUACCCCCCCCCAAAGGUGCGGACUCCGGCCGCAAAACCUUGACCUAUAGGGGAGGGUCUGGGUGGGCGUCUGUCCGCGGUGGCGGUUCUGGCGCGGGACGCGGACCCCACUUCACCCUUGUCUUUGUCCGCCUUAUUUUCCGCCUCCGUGGCUUUCUCACCAUGGCAACCCCUCUCAAUGACCCCACUGGACAGAGGGGCAGCUCGGGACAGAGGGGCAGGGGCUCUGGACAGAGGGACAGGGGCUCUGGACAGAGGGACAGGGGCUCUGGACAGAGGCUCUGGCGCCUCUGGGCUGAGGGGCUCUGGCGCCUCUGGGCUGAGGGGCUCUGGCAGCGGCGCCGGACAGGCGGGACGCUCCGGCAGCGGCGCCGGACAGGCGGGAGGCUCCGGCAGCGGCGCCGGACAGGCGGGACGCUCGGCAACGGCGCAGGACAGGCGGGACGCUCCGGCAGCGGCGCAGGACAGGCGGGACGCUCCGGCA